AGGGGCUGGCAGGCAGCCAGAGGCAGUCUAUUUAAAAGACAGCCUGUUCUGCAGUAUUCAGUCUCUUUAGAAACUUCUCCAGGGGAAAAGUGUUGGGAGAUCUACAAAGUGGAUUUUUUUUUCCUCUCUUUUUUUUUUCCCCCCUUCCCCCUGUUUUUUACCGCUCCUCUGCAGACUUUGCAGCAAAACACUCCAACUUUGCAGAAAACUUUUUUCCUUUUUUUCCCCCCUUUUUUUUUUUGCCUUUUUUUGGCUUUUUUUUUUUUUCUCCGCUUUUUUUGCCUUUGCAAAUCUUGGAAGAGGAAAGCGGGAGGGUUGAACAGAGCCGAUCGAAACACAACUUUGCUUCAUACCAAGCUUCCCAGCAGCUCGCUGCCUCGGGAGAGACUUUUUCUCCUCCUGCAGAAGAAGAGAGAGGGAAGGGGAGCUUUGCAUCCCCUCUUCCUUCUCCUGCGUUUCCCCCUCCCCACCCCCCCCUGCCCCUUGACUGCUUUGAUGCAUUAAUAGCAGGACAGUGGUUUUCAAGGAACUUUGCUCCCUUCCCAACCUGCCUCCUCCCAGCCCUUUGGGAAGAGUGUGUGUGUGCGUGUGUGUGUGAAAUCGCCGUCCCACCUCCCCAAACCCCCCUGCUCCUCCACGCCUCCCCUUGCAACCUGUAGGCUGUGCAACCCCUGCAGGCUUUUCUCCCUUUCCCCCCCUCCUUCCCUCCCCCUCUCUUUUUGCGCUCCCGCGGAUCGCGGUGCGAAUUCCCCCUUUCGAGGCGAGCAAAAGCUGAAAGGAGAAAAAGGAAACAAAAAAAAAAGACAAAAAGCAAACCUAGACACCUCCCCCCUCCCUAACGCCAAAAGCAAAGCAGGAGGGUCUCGCACCCCGAGAAUAAACCCCGGAGCGGGGCGCCUGCAAGCAGGGGCUGCGCUUUCCGCCCCUUUUCCUUUUUGAAUUUUUUUUUGAAUUUUUUUUUUUUUUUUUUUUUUUGCCCCCGAAGGGGCAAGCGGAAAGCAAGCACCGCCCGCCCGCCCCCCCCCCCCGCCCCCCGCCGGCGGCAGCCCCCCGCGCCCCGUCCCGCAGCAUCCCUGCCGCGAUGCUGCUGCGGCUCCUGGUGCUGCUGGGCGCCUGCCCGGGGCUGUCGCGGUGCCUGGGCUCCUUCGUGCAGUGCGAGCCCUGCGACGGCAAGGCGCUGUCGCUCUGCCCGCCGCCGCCGCUGGGCUGCGAGCUGGUGAAGGAGCCGGGCUGCGGCUGCUGCCUCACCUGCGCCCUGCCCGCCGGCCAGCCCUGCGGCGUCUACACCGAGCGCUGCGCCCGCGGGCUCCGCUGCCUCCCGCGCCAGGGCGAGGAGAAGCCGCUGCACGCCCUGCUCCACGGCACGGCCGUCUGCCUCAGCGAGAAGAGCUACCGCGAGCAAGCCAAGGCCGAACGGGAGUCCCGAGAGCACGAGGAGCCAACCACGUCAGAGAUGACAGAGGAGACGUACCCACCCAAGGCCUACCGGCCCAAGCACGGGCGCCUCUCCGAGCUCAAGGCUGAGGCCCUGAAGAAGGACCGCCGAAAGAAGCUGACGCUGGCCAAGUUUGUGGGCAUGGCGGAGAACACGGCGCACCCCCGCGUCGUCAUCCCUGAGCUCCGGCAAGAGUUUGAGCUGGGUCCCUGCCGCAGGCACAUGGAGGCAUCCCUGCAGGAGCUCAAGAGCAGCCAGCGGAUGGUCCCACGUGCCGUCCACCUCCCCAACUGCGACCGAAAAGGCUUCUACAAGAGGAAGCAGUGCAAGCCCUCCCGAGGCCGGAAGCGUGGGUUGUGUUGGUGCGUGGACAAAUACGGCAUGAAGCUGCCAGGGACUGACUACCUGAGCGGAGACCUGCAGUGCCACGCGUUCGACAGCAGCAACGUGGAGUGAAGUCGCAUCCCCUCCCUCUGCCCCAUCACUACCUACCCAGGCUCCCUUCCACCCUCCCCUCCGCACCUCCCCGUGCCCCGGGACUCCGAUUCCUUUCAUCUCAUGUAAGAAGAAAAAAAGAAAGGAAAAGAAAAAAGAGAAAGGAAGGAAAAGAAAAAAGAGAAAGGAAAGAAAAAAAGCAAAAGGGAAAGAAAGAAGUAAAGAAAGGAAAAGCAAAAAGAAAAGAAAGGAAAAAAGAGAAAAGAAAAAGAAAAAGAAAAAAGAAAAGAAGAGAAAAGAAGAGAAAAGAAAAGAGAAAAGAAAAGAAAAGAAAAGAGAAAAGAAAAGAGAAGAAAAGAGAGGAAAAGAAGAGAAAAGAGAAAAACAAACCCUGAAGAAACUGAGGACUCGGAAUCUACAGCAGCCUCUUGACAACAAGGACUCAGCAAGGAAAGGACAGAGCCAGAGACAAACCAGCUGCGGCCACUCCACCGUCCCGCGCCUCCCCAUGCCUCUCCCUAAUGCCACCCACGCCCCCCUGCCAUGAGCAGAAGCCACCCUGAUGUAGGAAGCUCUCCGAGUUGGUGAUUUUCCAGUAUGGGUUUUGGGCAGGUUAAUUUUCUUUUUUUUUUUUUUUUUUGGGUUAGCUAGUUGUUUUCUAAAGGGUCUCAAGAGAAAACCUUGUGGCCACCAGCAUUCCCCCUCCUCGCUGCGGUCCUCCGGAGUCUCCUCCCCACAUCACUGGGACUCACUCGAGUCAAUUUGACUUGACUUCAGCCUCAAACGACCACCCCGGAUCCAGGCAGAUUUUGACACGUCGGGAGGAGGAGUGGGACUGCUGGUUUCGUGUCUGGAGAUGAGCCAGGGAGGGAAACACAGCUCCUGCAACGGCAUGAAUACUCCCCCAAAAAUAUUUGUGGACUUCAAAAAGAAAUCGUCCAAAAAGGAAAGAUACCCUUCUCCAUCUGGUUCCUCUCAAAUGGGAGGUCAGAAAUCUUUUUGGACAAGCGGGACUCUAACCAUUGUCCAUCCAGGUGUGGAAGUGUUUGUCAUGUGCAUGUGUGUGUGUGUGCACAGAUGUGGCUUUUCCUCCUUGCAAAACUUCACCUCAAAACCUGCAAUCUGGAGGGCUUAACUGUAAGCAGGGAGAGAGAUGCUGCCCCCCCCAAAAAAACAAUAAUAACCUGCUGGACUAAGCACGGGAGCAGAGUUACAGAGGAGCAUCGGUGCCUGCGGGAUCAGGGCCCCGCCGACGCCAAAGGCUGCAUCCCAGCCGACCCCACAGAUACUCCAUCACCGUCCAGACUGAAGCAUCCCUAUGUGGGAACAGGGGGAUAGGGGCCAAAACUCUUCAUCACCCUUUGCUGCCAGGAGGAAGACCAACUAUGGAGACUUUUUUUUUCUUUUUUCACAGCCAAAAAAGUGGUUUGCUCCAGGGGAAAAAAUAUCCCAAACCUACUCUUUGUUUUGUCUUGGAUUUUUGUUAAGGCUGGUUUAUAACCUUUCCCAUGGGUAGGAAAAUGCUGGUCUCCAUCCUUUCGCAUUGAGGAUACUGCUCACAUUGCCACAGCUGAUUCCUGCCAACCUACAGUAAGAUCCUGCAAUGGGCUCUCACCUUUAACCUGGGACCCAGCUCCUUGUUGAGUGACAGCAGCCACCAUACCGCGGAGACCCACUGCCUCAGGCAUGCUGGGACAGCCCUCGGCUGCCUUCCUGACUUUUUUGUUGUUUUUAAUUUUUACAUUUGAUUUUGGGACUGUUGCCUCUCGUUUCCCCAUGACAAGGGUCUCCAGGAUGUUGGCGCUGGGAGGAGAUCCUGCAGCAAAGGAAAUGAAGGAAAGGAAAGCGAGCCGUGGGGUCUGGGUGCUGUGGUCCCAGUGGGCAAACAUGCACCCGCCGGGUACCAUAUCCCACUGCAGAUGGCAGCUGGUGCUGAUCAGAGGACACAGCUGAUCUCAGGGGGAAGGUUUUUGCACCCCUGAAGCCCCUUUGAGCAUCCCAGAGCCAAGCAGAGAGGAAAGGGGGGUCUGCAGCACCACUGGGUCCCCACCAGUGGGGAUGGGGCACGGGGGAUUUGACACCAAGGGGGUCUGGUGGAGGCUCCUCUCCAUCACCAGUCGGGCGCCCUCAUAGCCUCCCACGGCAUGGCACCACUCCCCCGAGCACCCCAUGGGGCCCCCCACCAGGAUGCUUGCCCUGAUCGAGGGCAGGACUGGACACCCCGCAGUUAUUUCCCUCGGAGUUGCAGCGGGGGCGAGUUUUGCCAAUGGACUUCCACGGAGACCUGGUGGGGCAUGUUUGGAGCUGGGGGCGAGAUGUCUUCCCUUGCUGAAAAGAAAGGAGAGUGCCACCAAAUGCAGAUCUGCCCCCCCAAAAACCCUGCCAGAGCAGUGUGACCCCGUGUUGCUGGAGGGGAGCACAGCGGGUGCUGGGGGAGGGACCCCCUCCGGGCUCUGCAGGGCUGGUGGAGCAGGGUCAGUUUGACCAGGGUGGUGGGUUAAUGGUGCCAUGAAGGUGGGGUGAAGAAUGGGGUAAAGGGGGCAGGUGGAGGAGGAGGAGCUUGUGCCAUCCCCAAGGGCCACAGGUCGCCAUUGUCACCACUGUCUCCCGUCUUCUUCGCUCGCCAAUCCCUGUGCAAAACCUCCUGACUGUUAUAGGCCAGUACCACCUUCCCCAGGACCCUUCUCUCCCCCUCUUUCUUGCUUUUUGUUCAUUUGUUUGUUUGUUUUGUUGUUUGAUUUCCCAAAACUUGAAAGCCUUUGGCUGCAGAGAAAGGACGCGUGCCGUUGGGGCAGGAUGGGAGCAGGCAGAGGGAUGGCAGCUCCCCACAGACCUUAACUUUUGGGGCUGGUGCUUUUGCAGUGUGAGGGUUAGCUCACAGGGCCCGGUGGCGUUCUCAUGACUUGGCCACCAUGGUGACACUGGGAGGGGGACACAGGGUACCUCCCUGACCUCGCCCUACAAAGCAAGUCUCAGCCAUGGCCCCCAGGAGCCCAGAGCACCAAAAUCAAUCCCGCACAGCCUCCCUCCCCACCCUGCACAUCCAGCAGUGGGACGGCACUGCCUGUCCUAUCCCCACCAACCUGGGGGAAGGAGGAGGAUGUAAGGAGGGGGCUGCACCACGCUUGUCCCCCCCCCAAGCCACCUUGGCUCCCGGGAUGGGGCACCGACCACCCCCCCCAGCCACCCGCUCCCUUGAGGAUCCCUGGCAGGAUGAGGCUGUUUGCAGGCUGCACUAAUAUUUAGGACUGGGGUUGGAGCCCGAGCUGAUUCAGGAGGGGUUGGCCCCCCUCCAGGGGCAGCAGUGACGAGGUGUUCCUGUUCUCAGCACCCAGCAUUUGGGGUGAGAAAACCAAAAGGGCAGAUCUGGGAGCUGGGGAGGGCUGGGUGAGCAGCAGGGUUGGUCGAGGCACAUGGGGAAGUUCUGGCAAUUUGUGCAUCAGGGAGAGGCGUGAGGCUUGGGCAUCUCCAGCCAUGGUCUUUGCACCGACCCCACGCCGGUACCCGGGAUGCUGGUUGGGAAGGAGAGGACAAGGAUGGCGCAGGGGUCAGGACAGCCCUUCCACCACAUCUCCCUGGGGAGCGGCGCUCGGUGGCUGGGCUACCCCUUGUCUGUACUGCAGUGGACUUCGAAAACCACUAGUACAAGAGCAUUUUGCACUAUUUCUCUGCUCUCUCUCCCCCCCUUCUCUUUUUUCUCCCCCUUCCCCAUGAAAACUCUCUUUUUUGUUGUUGGGGUUCUUUUUGUUGUUGUUGAUUUUUUUUUUCCCGAACGGAGCAUUGUAUAUUUAACGACUGACAGUUCACCUCGCUUCCAGACCGCUGUCCUGGCACUGGCUAGGAGCCCUGCCUACUGUGCCCCCCUCCCCAGCCCCGCCAGCCCCCCGCCACUGCCACUGGGACAGACGUCACUGCGCACGUUACCCACCGUUGUAACACAGUUGUUAAAACACACCAGAUUCCGAGUUUCCUGCCUGGUUUUUAUCUUUAAGCAAUACUCACUACACAUUUUACGGUAGCUUUUUAUAGCUUUACAUACAUACGGUAGCUCUGUUGUUUCUUUUUGUUUUGUUUUUGUUGUUUUUUUUUUUUCCAGUAAACAAGAAAUACUCAUAAUCUUACUGGUGGGAAAAAAAAAAAGCAGUUUGUGAAAAACUGACAAUGGAAGAAGAGCUUAAUGCUCUGUUUAGCAUUUUGUACUUAAAAAAAAAAAUCUCACAUUUUAUUAAAAAGUGAAGAUUGCUGUAUACUAUUUAUUCAACUUAUAAUUUAUGUUACUCUUUGAUCUUUGUCUUUUCUCAUGACAAAGCAUUUAUUUAAUAAAGUUAUGCAUUCAGUUA